UUCAGCUUUCUCCAUUUUCAUUUCUGGUUCAUUUCUCUCUCUUCAAUAUCCAAAUCCGAUUCAUUCUUUUUCAAGUCUUUCCAUUCUCUCUUCUUAACGUCUCUUUGAAUCCAAGUUUUCAUCUCCCACAUUGAUUCACCAUACUCUGUUUCUUCAUUCACUCAUACAAUGACUCAGAUUCUGUUUUUGACUUGCUUUAAGAAAGCUGUUCCAGACUUCUGCUUACGCAAACCCUAACUCAACUCAUGUGAAUCUUCGUCGGUUUAUCUUUCCCUAUCAUAUAUCAGUUUAUAAUUAUACUUCAAGUUAUUCCUGUUUAAGUCAUCAAUGGAUGAUAUAUAUCUAGUUAUUUGAUUUAACUGAAGUUUGCUACAGUUAUUUCGAACGGAGAAUGAAACGAUUUGCUUCGUUUCACUUAACUAUAUUACUUUACGCAGCGCGGAUUAUAAUCUCGCAUUGUAGCAGCUCUCUUCCUCAAGAUGAAAUAUAUGCUCUUACCAGAUUUAAGGAAUCUAUAAGUGAGGAUUCAACUCAUGCUUUGUUAACUUGGAAUCGUGCUGGUUUAGAUCCUUGUGAUUGGCCUAGCGUAACGUGUUACGCGACUCGUGAUCAUGUUCAAAAGCUGGAGAUUUCUUGGGCAUCGUUGAAGGGAUUCAUUGCACCGGAAUUGGGGAAACUAUCGCAUUUGCAAGAUUUAAUUUUGCAUGGAAAUAAGCUUACUGGAAUCAUCCCGAAAGAAUUUGGAUCGUUGAAAUAUCUUAGGAUAUUGGAUUUAGGAAUGAACCAGCUGACGGGAGCAAUUCCUAUGGAGCUUUGGAGUUUGACAAACCUUGAAAAGAUUAACCUUCAAUCGAAUGGGUUGACUGGGAAGUUACCGUCUGAGCUGACUAAGUUAAGCAACCUUACGGAACUCAGGCUUGAUAGGAACAAGCUUGAGGGAAGUAUUCCUGGAAGUAAUCAGUCAGAUUCAACUGAAAAUAAUGAUGGAAAGAAUGCAUCAAAUUUAAAGGCUACUGGUUCCUGUUGCACAUCUCAGUUAAAAGUUGCAGAUUUUUCAUACAACUUCUUUACUGGGAGCAUCAUAAAAUGCCUGGCUUGCCUGCCAAUCACGAGCUUCCAAGGGAACUGCCUUCAAGACAAAAAUGUUAAGCAGCGUCCUCCAGAACAAUGUGUCGCUCCACAAUCCAGGAGCCAUCCACUACUUGCGAAAAAUCCAUCUCCUCGGCAUCGAGAAGAUUCAAGACUUAAACCUGCUUCCAAACCUACCUGGAUCUUAGCAGUAGAAAUUGUAACUGGAACAAUGACAGGUUCCAUCUUCCUCGUUGCUGUUCUUACAGCUGUUUUCAGAUAUAAAAGUAAAUCUACAAACAUUAUUCACUGGAAGAAGUCAGCAAGUGAUAUGGAUCAUUUGGCAAUCUACAUAGAUACAGAAAUGUUGAAGGAUGUAACGAAAUUUAGCCGACAAGAGCUUGAGAUAGCAUGUGAGGAUUUCAGUAAUAUUAUUGGAUCUUCACAAGAUAGCCAAGUCUAUAAGGGCAAUUUGAAAGGUGGUCCAGAGAUUGCUGUUAUUUCCAUUUGCAUCAAAGAGGAUCAUUGGGCAAGUUAUCUUGAACUUUAUUUUCAAAGAGAGGUGGCUGAAUUAGCCAGAUUAAAUCAUGAGAAUAUAGGAAAGUUGCUUGGUUAUUGCAGCGAAAGUUCCCCAUUCACAAGGAUGCUGGUUUUUGAAUAUGCAUCAAAUGGAACUCUAUAUGAGCAUCUGCAUUAUGGAGAAGGAUGCCAGUUUUCUUGGACCCGACGCAUGAAAAUAAUUAUAGGGAUUGCUAGAGGACUAAAAUAUCUGCACAAUGACAUCGACUUACCUUUCACCAUAUCCGAACUUAACUCAACUGCUGUGUAUCUUACCGAUGAUUUUUCUCCAAAGCUAGUUGAUUUUGAAAGCUGGAAAAGUAUUCUUUCGAGUUCAGAAAACAACUCGGUUUCCAUGGGCAACAAAGCAGGUCCUGUAUGCCUUCUUCCAAAUUCCCUAGAGGCACGAUAUCUCAAUGUAGAAGGCAAUGUCUAUGCAUUUGGCAUACUUCUCCUUGAAAUCAUCACCGGAAAACCUCCAUAUUGCCAAGAUAAACUACAACUGGUGGAAUGGGCAAAGGAUUACAUGGAGAAGCCAGAAAUGAUGUCAAAUCUUGUGGAUCCGGAAAUUAAACAUUUCAAACAAGAAGAUCUAGAAGUUGUAUGCGAGGCAGUUAGUCGAUGCAUUUAUCGUGAUCCUUCGAAACGAGCAUCAAUGGAAGAACUCUGCAGUUUGCUGGAGAAGAAAAUCGAUACAUCGGUUUCUGCUGAGUUACAGUCAUCUUCAUUGGCUUGGGCAGAACUAGCACUUUCACCAGAUGAGUUUCAUAGCUAACAAUAAUACUAGUUUUUUUUUUUAUAUAUAUAAAUCCAUUAAUUGAUUAAUUGCAAUAUAUAUUAUAUAUAUGUGUUAGAUUUUGGGAUGAAAUGGUUGAUUCCUUGAAGCAUGGAAAAUCCUCAUUUCUAUGUUUUAUUAGAAAAAAAUGUAUUUGGUGUAAUGUUAUUGUUCAAAACAUGUGUAUUUUUGGUCAUGCAAAAGUAUUGCAACUAAAGACUAAUUCUUCUAUUCUUAAUAUUGUAUUUUGUGUAUGUACAAACUAAAUAUAUAUUAUUAUUGGGUUUUUAUGUUCA